GACAUCUGAUAGAAACAAAGAAACAGUCCUACACGGCUACCAUGUGGACCGCGGUGUCUGUGAUAUUUUUUAUCUGUCUGCUGGUCUGUCCCGAGUCGGGGGCUGUUGUGAUGCGACUAGACAACGCCACAUAUGACCAGGUCACACGCGGAGAUAAGUUCGUGCUGGUGCAGUUCUAUGUCAAAUGGAGCUCCGUCUGUCAGAAGCUGGAGCCGAAAUGGGAGGACGUGGAGAGGAGGUACCGGGAAAGAGACGAUGUCGUCAUCGGGAAGGUUAACGCCCAAGAGGACCGGAUUCUCGUGACCAGGUUCCGCACCACCACAUUUCCAACCAUUUUCUACUAUCCAAAGGGAGUUACCGAGCACCAACCGUACGAGGGUCGCCACACCAUCGCGGCGUUUGUAGAGUUGAUAGAACAGCACGCGCCCACUACCUGGGUUCGGAAGGUCUUCACCAAGGAACUCAACUCCACCAACUUCGACGAAAUCGUCCUGGACAAGGACAAAUUUGUCAUGCUGCAAUUCUACAAUACAACGGACUGCUACAAAUGUAAGAAACUACAGCCGGACUACGAAAUGGUAGCUGAGACCUUCCACAAUGAGAGAACAAUUGUCGUGGCCAGAGUAGACACCGAAACACACCCAGAAAUAGGGGAAAGGUUUGGUAUAGAGCAACAUCCGAGAAUUAUGUGGUUCACAAGAGACAACAAAAGAGGCAUCCCGUACCAGUCGGCCAUGAAGCCUCUCCAGCUUGUAGACUUCAUCAACCAUCAGUGUCACACGGCCAGGGAGCUGGGAGGUGGACUCACUAGCCAGGCCGGAAGGAUGGUGGAAAUGGACGCCGUAGUUUCCAACUUCAUCGCCAGCAUCGCCGAUGUACAGAAAGAAGCGGAGAAGGUGAAGGAUAAGAUGGCUGGCAGACAACAUCCACAUUUCAACUACAGCAGUUUUUACAUGGAUAUGUUGGACAGGAUCGGUAGUCGUGGUUACGAGCUGGUCACCAUGGAGAUAACAAACCUUCAAAAUAGUCUUGCGACAUCUCCAAAAUCGAUGCCAGAGGAAGAAAGGGAGGAUCUGAUCAUGCGUGUUAACAUCCUCCGCGUUUUUCAAAAGGCAUACAGAACUCAGUUUCCAAGGUUGCAAGACUCCGAUUCCGACGAAAAGAAGGGCGAAACUGCAGUUGUCGAACAGCGUGCUAAAGACCCUCCCAACGCCUUCCAGAGGAAGGUCCGGGGAAGGGGGAAGAAGGGAUACACCAGCAAGAUGCGGAGUAUCAAACAUGAGCUUUAAUCAACUAACUAAAAUCAGAAAUUGAAGAUCUCAUAUUUCCGUGAAAUAUCAAUAUGCGCAAGGAGGUUAAAAAUCACGAUUUGUAACCUCCCGAAGUUGAUAUGCGCUAUAAUAGUUGAUGCUCAACAAAUCUCAAGACACCCAUGUGUCAUUGACCUUGCCGGGCUGUCUGUGGACUAUACCACAUCAUUUCCAGGAAGGGGGUGUCGUCCUGUAAUACUGCAGUAUAACAUAUACCCAUCACCAUGUUUCUUCGCGACAUUAAUAACUACCUACAUACCAUAAUCGUGAACACUGACACACAACCCAAAACAAUAAUUCUACCCCCGAUGGAGGUGAACCUCUUUCCCGGAGGUAUUUAUCAACCAAAGCGUAAGGCCAUAAUACUAAUAGACUUGAAAACUAUGUUUAGCCGAAGGUGUCAAUUUUAAAGUAAAUGCAAAAUGGGCACCACUUGAAUGUGCGUAAAGCACCAACACUGAUUUAUUUCUUCAUUCAUUAAUUGUGAAACAUGUCAACAAAGUUUUGAAACUAUUCAGUCGUCACCAGACAAUGGUAUAUAUUUCUGACAUUGGUAAAUGUAGGAAAAGCGUAUUUCACAAAUGUAAUGGCAUAUUAUGUACAUAUAAGCCGGUUUAUUUAAUAUUGAGUGUACCACACUGUAUCAUCAUUAUGUAGCUUUGCACAAAGUUCUUUAUGGCGCCCCUUCCAUUCAAAAUCGUGCUAGAAUAUCACUUGUUAGUAACCCUUAUCAUUAAACAUGUAACGGUUACUGAAUUAUCACUACUAUCUAUCUUAAUUGUGCAGUGAGUCACAGAAAAUCAAAAACAACCAACGAUUAAAGUGGUUAUUC